AUAGUAAUAGCAAGUAAACACUGAGCAGAGGGUGCGACGAGAGUAAAACUUUAGCGACUGACUAGGACAGUCGCGUAUUUCGGUCUAAAGCAAAUGCAGACGCUACGCUCUUCACGUGGAGUGCGACCCAGCCAGACAACGCGUGCGCGGGACCUGCCGUCUCGCGUAGUGCGUUGCAGCGCAAACAGCGUCGCCGAGCCAUCGAGCAAGGCGGCCCCGCAGGGCGCUCGCGUCACUAAAGCACUGAAGGAAUGGGCUCCGACGAUUGAGGCACUCGGGCAUGGCGAGCAGACGGUCUUGUUCCGCAAGGGCGGCAUCAAGGAGCCCACCUUCCGGCCCGAGGCCGGCACCUUCCUGCUGUUUCCCACCGCCUUCCACACCGACCAGCAGCUGCUAAAGCCGGGCGUGGCGGAGCGGCACGCGCAGGCCAUGCAGCUGGACCCCAAGAGCGAGUCGGUGCUGGUGCUGCCGUACGUGGCGGAGGUAACGGGCGCCUGGACCACACACGACCCCGCGGUGCUGGCGGCCACACACGACCUGCACGUGUGGACGGAGCAGGUGGUCCUGGUGCUGAACGCGCCGCCGCCGCCACCCGGCACCGACUUCUCCUCCCCCGCCGCCGCCGCCGCCGCCUCCGCCGCCGACCGGGCCCUGGCGUCGGUGCUGCAGCUGUGUCGGGCGCUGUGGAACCUGGCGGGGCCGCCCGGGCAGCCCAUGGCGCCGUGCCUCUCCGAAGAAGCACCCGGCGGGGCGGCAGCCCAGGCGCCUGGCUCGGGCGGCGCAGCCGGCUCCUCCGCCGCCUCCCCCAGGGCCCCGGCGGCGGCGCCGCCGCCGCUGGUCCACUCCAUCUGGCUCAACUUCCAACCAGACGCCAGCCGCAACGCCAUCCUGGGUGACGCCUGGGCGCACGUGGCGGGUCCGGCGGCGGCGUGGCAGGACUUUGGCGGCGUGGCGGCGUGCGUGGGCCCCGGCUCCUUCGUGCAGGCCAACUACGGCGCCAUGCAGCUGGUGCUGCGGCACAUCGCGGACAUGGUGCCGGACGGCUGCCGGGUGACGGAGCUGCACGCAGGCAUCGGCGUCAUAGGGCUGUCGCUGGCGGCGGCGCCCGGCCGGCGGCUGGCGGCGCUACGACUGGUGGAGAUCAACCCGGCGGCGGCGGCGCCCUUCGCCGCCUCCCUGGCCCGACUGCGCGCACGGGAGCAGCAGCAGCAGCAGCAGGAGCAGCAGCAGAAUCAGGUGGUUGAGCAGGAGCCGCAGCGGCAGGCACAAGGGCUAGAGCCGCACAACGAGGGCGCCGCAGCCGGCGGGAGCGUGUCGGGGGGCGCAGCAGCAGCACCGGCGGCGCCGCCGCCGCAUCGGCUGCAGCUGCCGGCUGAGAUUGAGUACGUGACUGCAGAGGCGGGGUCGGACCCGGGCCGCUGGCUGGCGGGCUGUGACGUGUUGGUGGUGGACCCGCCCCGCAAGGGCCUGGGCUCCAGCCUGCUGCAGGCGCUCACCGCAGCACACAGCCGCAGCAGCAGCAGCAGCAGCGGUAGCGGUAGCAGCAGCAGCAGCAGCAGCAGCAGCAGUAGCAGUAGCAGCAGCGGUAGCGGUAGCAGCCCGCCGGCAACCCCAGGGCAGGAGGCUUGCCGCGGCAGUUCCCCACCGUCGUCAUUGGCGGUGCCCAGCUCCGGGGCUGGGGGACAGCAGCCGCUACAGCCGCAGCUACAGCCACAGCCGCAAGACCUGCAGCCGCAGCCGCAACAGCAGCAGGAGCAGCUGCAGCCGGGCCCGCCGCGGUCCGGUGGUGACGCGGGCAGCAGCUCGGGCGGCCCCCGGGCUCUGGUGUACCUGUCCUGUGGGUUCAGGGCUCUGCAGGGCGACCUGAGGGCGCUGCUGGCGGGCGGUUGGCGGCUGCGGUCCGCCACAGCCUACCUGUUCUUCCCGGGGACUGACGCGCUGGAGACACUGGUGCUGCUGACGCGAGAGUAGGACGAGGAGGAGGAGGAGGAAAAGGAGAAGGGGUAGGGGCUGGGGGGAUGAAGCAGUUUCGGGAUGGUGUUGAGGCUCAGUGCUGCUGAGAGUUGCGGCCAUAUGAGCAAGAGGGGCGUGUGUGAGAGGCGGUGUGUGACCCAGGGGUGCGGCAGGGACCUGGCGAGUGAUGUUGUCAUGCAUGAGGAGAGACGACUCGGCAGUUGCUCGGCUUGGCACGUUCCAGUAUGUAUGAAGGCUACGAGGAAAGAGCAACACGCACGCGACGCGGCCAAAUGCAUGACAUCGCGCUGGCGACCAGGUCCGCUUACGUGCAGACCUAGCCUUGUUAACAC